UCGUAGGUGUAGUGCAGACGCCGCCGCGGGGAAUACGCGUAAGCUGGCGCAACGGAGGUGUUUGUAAACCGCGCCGGCUUUCAGUCAUAUCGCCAGCUCAAUUGGCCAGCUGCAUGUUUCUGUAAGCGCAGGUGUGCGUCUAUCGCCGCUCGAGCCGUUCAUCACGGCAGUGAGCCGGCGAUGCUGACUCCGCCGUCGCUGGUUUCGGGUCGUACCACGAGUCUGCGACAUCUGAACUCAAAUGCAUCAUCGCGGAAACGUCGUUUUUCUGCUGGUUCGCCGUCAUCCGUGCUUCUGGAAUGACGUCCGGAUACUGCUGACCUGUUUUUACACCGCCUGGUAAUCGUUCUGAAAUGCCAUGAAGUUCAACGGAGCUCCGAAGCGGUACGUUCCGCUGCCGCAGAGCCAAAGUGACGACGAAGUCGUGAGGCUUGAUGAUCGGCAGGUGCAACGUCGCAGCAGUGCUGCACUCGCGGGUUCCGGUGCCGUGGCAACUGCAAACGGUCGUGUCGGUGCAGCUCCUGAACGCUCUGCAUGUGCAGCGCACAUAGCCAUGACACGUCUGGAGUCCAAGCAAGCUGAUGCCUCCAGUGUUCCCGACUGGAGCAGCGAAGGGACAGCCCCUCUGUCAGUGUGGCGCAAGUGCUGCCUUGCACUGAGCCUGGCAUGCAGCGCCCUGUUUGUCAUAGGCCUUGGUUGGCUUCUGCCAUGCCGCUACGACAGCCUUCAGCCAUUGGAGAGCGUGCCCAGCGUGAUGCAGCACUGGACGCACCUCUACCAAGGUCUUGCACUGACGUCUAACGUGGAGGCCUCAUUUGAGGAUGAUGUCGAGCGUGACUGCACAGUGCACCUGGGCUUUCAGCAGUACUCUGAGCACAAUGAAACGGCCACGGUCGGCGUGAUGGCCCUCAACGGCAUGACGGGCUCCGUCAUGUGGAAGCAGGAGCUGUACGCAGCCGCAGUACGGCAGCAGUGCCUCCUCGACGUCUGCUUUGUGUUGGGUGACGGCUCCAACUCGCUGCUUGCUGCAGUCAACAAGUCCAGUGGUGCAUUGCUCUGGUACGCACACGACCACGGAAGCGAUGGACAGCUGGGCGGCAGCACCUUGCAGUCCGUCUCGGACUUUCACGUCGUGACUGACUGCAACGACGAUGGGCUGCCAGACCUUGUCGUGUCUAUGCAGGUGGAGAAACCGAGCACCGAACCGUUCUCAGUGUCCAAAUUAGAGAGGGCACUGGCACUGAUCUCCCAGGACGACGGGCGCCUGCUGAAGGCACCCUUGUCACUUCCUCAGUGCCAGAACAUGCCGCGCAUCCUCGGUUCACUGGAGCACGGCCGCAACAUAUCGCACCACGUCGACGUCUUCGUGCACUGCCUCACGCACCACAACAAAAGCAUACUCCUGAAGGUGGCAUUAAGUCGGCUGUCUUCGGUCAACCGGACAGACAGUGAGGCCACAACACAUGUGAUGUGGAGCAAGGGCAAGUCUGCCAGUGGGCACGGCCUGCAGCUUGUUGUGCUUCAAGAGGAUGAGGAGCCCUCUCUUAUUUUGGCCUGGGGCCACGGCAAGCUGCUCAAGCUGUCCGGCAUCGACUACCACCAACGCUGGAGCACGGACCUCAAGCUGGACUCGCCCGUCAGGAGCGUGGUUGCCGGCCACUUCACAGCAUUCAGCACGUACGAGCUGUUCGUAGUCUCGGACCACGGGACUCGAUCUCGAGCCACACUGUUCCAGCUGUUGAGCGCAUCGACAGGGCACGUCAGCUGGCAGAUGCAAUACGACGGCACGGCCACGCGCGUGGCACACUUGGUGCCCGCCAUCUCUCGUUACGUGGACGGCGUGCUCAUAAAAGCCACCAGCCCUUUGGCGGAUGCUAUGGCCAGCCGCCACGACCUCGAUCUUUGGACGAAGAAGUUGCAGGAGCCAAAGUACGCCCAUUAUAUGGAAACUUUUCACGGAAUCCGUGACUACAACCCAGAGAAGCACCAGCUUGUGUUGAACACCCAAGAAGAGCAGUACUUCAUUGUGGACUUCACAAACAAGACGGUGGACAUUAUGGCACGGCUUACCGUGCAGCAGCUCUGCUUUGGCACCAAGUGCGCUCCCGACAUUUUCUCAACAAAGGAGAAUGUGGCGAUGCAGGUGCUGCAGCACCGGCCCGGCAGCUACUACCUGUCACUCGCCACCACCUCGGCAAACCGACGCUCGAAUGCCAGCGUGCCUCACGACACGGUCGUCAAGGUGGCUCUACUCAGCCACCAGCAUCCCCCACCGACACAGCCACAAACGAAGCUGGCACUGGGCUCGGCCAAUGCGGCCGCAGCUCUGCUCGUGCAUGACAAGCACUGCUGCCGGCCCUGACGGCCUUCGUUCUUGGGAGGCCGACACGUUCUGAUAGCGCUUUGUGAUGGAACUGCAUCAGGCACCCACAGGCUUGAUGGAGAAGCCUUUUUUUUUCCUCGCAAUUAGACAGGGGCACGAGUAUGCUUCUACACUCAGUGUAAAUGAACUGUAGAGCGAAGCUGUUUUUAGUCUUGUGCCCUUCAAAGACCUCUUUAGUCAUUUUGUAUCCAAAAUAUACUCGAUGUUAUGAUCAAAAGUUUAAUUUUUAGCUGAUGUUACAUUUUUGAUAAGACGGGAAUGCGAAAGCACUUGCUUACAUUGUAGUGAAUCUUAACCUGAAGUGGGCAAAAGUAAUUUAUAGCCCUUAGCUUCGAUGUUUCGUCAUUGUCUAGGUUCACUUUGGAAUAUAGCGGGAAAGAAAUGAACGGGUAUGAAGGAAUAUUGCACAACAAAGUUGGCUAGCGAACUCCUCAUGAAGCCAUUUGCUGUGCUGUUUUCUUUUAAAAUGUUGGGCAAACACGUGACCUUGUCUGUGGAACUGUGCUCUCAGGUAGCUAUAGCAUCACACCAGUUUUGCAUAUGCCGUGCUGCUCCGAAGUUAUCAUCAAUUGGCAGUGGCACUUGUGCUAUCUGGGGCAGCCAAAUUGCACAACACACAAGAGCUGUGUGGAGACAAUGCUAUGGGUCAUGAGGGAGUCAAGCGUUCUUGCAGCCAUAGCGCUUUUUGCACUAUUUGCUGGAAGGAACUCUGGUCUUGCUAUUUUUUGGCCAUGUUGGGAAUGAUGGGUAGUACAUAAAUUUUGCAUAGUCUUCAUGCUUGCAACUUCGAAAGUGCUUGUAGCUUUGUUUAUUACUGUGUUUGGCUUUUUAUGCCUGCCACAGUGGUCUAGCGGCUAUGGUGUUCGAAUGCUGAACUGAAGGCUGUGUGACUGAAUCCUGGCAUCAGCGGCUGCAUUUCCGGUGGAAGCGAAAAUGCUCAAGAGCCGUGUGCAUAGAUUUAGGCACACGUUAAAAACCUUCAGUGGUCGAAAUUUUCGGAGCCCUUCAUUGCGGCUUCUUUCAUAAUCACAUCACGGUUUUAGGGCAUUCAACCCUAACAAUAUUAUUUAUUAUCUGCUUUAGCUCGUGCUGCAAAAAAAAAAAACAGGUUCAUUGCGAGUUUUGUGGUCAGAUUUGAAUUGGGGAGUUUAUAUAUUAUAAGGGUCAAGGUUGUGAAACGGGUCUGCCGAACUUUCGCUAAAUUUCGUCCUGCGAUGAAGCAGCUAUAAACCACCAAGAGUCAUGUGGAGCCGAAAGAAUGAAACUGAGGCAAAUCCACGCUCUACCCAUCAUUCCCACGCUGGCUCAAACCCCACACGCCCAGCUCCUAUCGACGCUAGUGCCGGAUUUCUCUCUAGAGUGGUAUUGUUAAACUCUGUGCCUUGGCAAGCAAUCUGUUGCUUGGCAAGCAGUCUGUUGGGCAUAGACAGAUUGCAAAUACUAAAGCCUACUCUGGCAUGACAGUCGUGUGCUGAGCAGGCUGGUUUAGCAAAAGCCAUGGGUGGCUAUUGCCUCCCCCCCCCACCCCACUCCUUUGUUUUUCGCUUUUGUUGGGGAAAUUCGAAAUUCUUUGUGCACACUUUUGCUCUAUGCUUUGGUGCAAUACGUAGAAAAAUGUCUACUAGGGCACUGAAUGAAUGACUCGAGUCAGCACCAGAUAUGGCGCAUGCUCGUGGGACGGUCACUUGCACUGGUUUUCCCAAGAGAUAUGAAAAUGCCGACGCCUGAUGUGGCGUGGUCUUGAACUAAAAGAAAACCAAACAAGAUACCUAGGUUUCACACUAAACGAAAAUGCCACUAUGCUUAUCAUAUCAUUCAAGGCAAAAAAUUGUCAUUUUUUGUUCCAUUUCAUCUCAACACGCCCUGAAUGAGCAUUGGUGUAACAGAACACUGAUAAAUUGAAUAUUGCCAAAUUUAUCAAAACUAGCCUAAAUUAAAAUGUUCUGGUUUCCUAUUGUGAAAUUGUAAUCUCUCUAUGAGCUCAGCACAGUAGCCUCUCUGGAAAGCCCAUCUCGAAUUUUUCCAAAUGGAAAACUCGAAAGGUGUCUGGCGGUUGGUUGGGAAAAUUUUGUUGCGAGAAUCAGCCAGUCUUUGUGUGAUUGGACGAACCCAUAAAAUGUGUGCCCCACGAAAACUCUAGUCAAGGUCGCUGCGUUGGCAGCCGUGCAAAAGGACUUGCUCACAGGCAUUCAAAAUAGUGUAUUCCCUCGGAUAUUAUUUAUUACCGAUUAAACGAACAUAAAGUACGUUUUCCUGAAUGCCAUGCAGCUGGAUUGUCGAUGAUUACCAAAUGUUAUUUACUGCUUGCAGUACAACUCACAAAUGUUUCAAAUAAGUAUCUAGAGGUCAUCAGAACAUUUUUGGUUGUCACAUUGGUAUCAUUGUCUGCCUGUGGCACCAUCCGUCACAUGGUAUACCACCCUCUGAUCUCGUGAGUAAUAUUUUUUAAUGCUCAGCUUAUCAGCCUGUCAUAUGCACAAAGGGCCAUUCCUAAGUCAUUUAGCAUGACAACAAGUAUGGCCCUCUGGCAGUUAGUUGAAGGAAGCAUUAUAGUACUGGCAGCUUACCAGUAGGAUACCUCGACUGCAUCUUUACAUCUUCCCAUUCCUUCACGUCAGCAGCCACAUUCCUCUAGAAGGGAAAGAUGAAAUAUGCUCUCUUGUUUAUUAUUCUCCACACAAUAACGACCACGUGGCACUUUCCUGCACAUUCUUUUUAUUGUCUUUUUCUUGCAUUUUUGUCCUUUUUUUAUUUCUUUGACAGUCUUUCAACAAUUUCAACAUUCUAAAAUGCUGAAGAGUAUUAACACAAAAAUAUUUCAUCUUUUUUUUUUCUGUUGUGGUACAUUGCUAACAUUCAACCUAUCGUGAUGGAAGACCUUGCUCGCUUAGGUGUGCAAAGGAGAAUUAUCUGGGUGCGUUUUUACAUUGCCCAGUCACAUUUUUUUUUCUUCAGAGGCCGGAGUCAGCCAGGGUUGCUCUUAAAUGUGGCUGGCAUUGUGAGCACACGAAACAGUGACUUUUUCAACAUGUGCCAACAUCAUGUGCACAUGUGUGGUGCGUUGACAACUCAGCGAGAAAGCACGUCCGAGGAGCAUGGCUGCUCAUGCAAAUUUAUGACAUUGCUGAUUCUUUGUAGUUUAAACUCAAGACAAGUUGAUGUCGAUCUCACAAGCUGCUUCGUUUUACUUGUAACUGCAUGGCUUUCGCAGUCCUUCCUGUGCAUGCCAAGUAUAAUCGCUUCAUUUCACUUCAUGUUUGAUUUUUGCCUAAUUGUCCUAUUUAUUUGCUACUCGCCAGAUCUGAUGCGACAAGACGUGUCUGUUUUCAAUAUUUGUGAGUGUUCAGAAGCUUGGUGCACUCUAUUUUCACUGUACUGUAUACAGUCAUUUUUGCAUAUUUAAUUUUGCUUAUUGCUAUAGCUUUAAUGUUUCAAUUGUUGCAUCUGUGUAUAUUGCUUUUACGUUGCCGGGGGCACUGUAUCGACGCAUACUAAUGCCUUUACAUCCGCGAAAGACAAAUGAAAGAUGUAUUUAAGCUGGUUAAUUUAAUUGUUGUGAUGGUUACAAUAGUAUAGAGUUCCAUAAUGAUUGCAUUAACUGUUGAAAUAGGCACAUUUUAUGUAUAGAAACAAAAAUAUAUAUUGUAUAUGUCAUUUCGCUCAGUACACAACAGAAAUCUUCUUUUUUUUUUAUUGGAAGGGGAUAACGGGGCUUUGGGCAAGUGGCUAGCUUUGAAGACUUUACCUAUGAGUAGACGCUGUAGACUAUUUAGAAAUGAAAAAUAUGCAUUUAUUAUCAAUGGCUUUAUUGUUUAGCAAAACAGCUACUGCUUGGUAUAAUAACCUUCAUGUCGGAGUUAACGUAAUCCAGCUAGUGGUCAUGUUAGCUGCCUUUGUGUAAAGCUUCGUGCACAAUCAAAACGCCCUUGAAUGGUUUUGUGUACGAAAUAUUGACUGUUGAGAACCAUAGACAACAAAGACUUUUGAAA